ACAAACCAACCAGCUUCCUCUGCUGCUGUCAUAAACAUUGUGCAGUGGAGUGUGCCUUUGGUGCGAGACAGACUUCAUCCAUGACUGUUUUUAAGAUAUGCACUGAGCGGCUCUUGUGCUACACUAACCGCUCUUGUACUCUUUGCAGCUGCAGGAAGUUGAGCAACUCAGCCUAAACUGUGCCACAGAAAUACAACCAGGAUUUUUGGGAAGCUUUGACCACUUGACAGAACCAAAUAAGGAGCAGAAGGACUUAAAACCAUCCACUGUAAUACAGUAGCUCUCUUUGGAUCCAGAGACUGUGAUACAACUAUCAAAAGAGAAAGAGAUUCAAGAAGAAAUUUGCUGUUCUCCUUCACAACCCUGGAUUACAAACACAUUUAUUCUUGCUUAUUUUAACUAUUAUUUAAAGUAUAACAAUGGUGGUAAAAUAUAACCCUUGAUUAUUUCACAAAUACUAUCACUGGGACAGGAAAAGUUACUAUUAUUUUGAAAUCCAUGCAAACGUGAAUAUGUAAAUUUCUGAACAAGCUACUGAAAAUGAGUUAGCAACCAACCUUUUAUUCACAUUGUAAUGAUUAUCAUGUAUGCCAUCCGGAGACGUUUAAAAGAAUGAAUUUGCAUACUCAAUCAACUUUUGUACAUCAAUUUCCUGAAUCAGAUGCAAAUGGCAGCAUCACUAAAUAUACAGAAUCAUCCAAUGGAACGGCAGAACAAGGACAAGGUCAGUCUGUGAAGCCCAUUGGCUCUGCAGCAGCUAGAUUCCAAAUCCGCUCUGCUAAAACAAUUCAGCACAGGCCUGAACCUACUACCAAAGACUUCUGGACAAUGUAUAAUGUUUUUGAGGGUGGGAAAGCUGAGAGCACCUGCAGAAAAAGUGAUCCAAGUAAGGAUGUGCUCCACAAAGGUUAUACUUCUUCCACUAGUUGUAAACACACUGACAUUGAUUGCACAGAGACACCUAAGACUGUAGGUAUUCAAGAGGAUGAGAGUCAGACUGGAAGUGAAAGGAGCAGUGAAGCACUGAGGAGAUGUUAUAAGUCAAACAGAAGCAAAAGCUUAGACUGGAGAGAAGUGUCUAGUAAAACAGGACCUGGAAACAGAACAGGGAUAACUAGCGGAAACAGAGAUCAUAAGUUUAUAAGGCGUGCUGAUAGUUUAGAGGGACAGGGGGAAAACAACAAGAUAUCUUCACAAACAGAAGAGUAUCAGUCUAAUAGUAUUUCAUGGAGGAUACAAUCUUACAAUGCAGCCAGUCAAUGUGAUCAGAAUAGUGACAAAAAGGCUUACCCAAUCUCUGGACAAACACCUUUGAGAAUGAGCCAGGUUACACUUGCUCUUGAACGGGCAAGCAGUGGCCAGUCACUACCUGCUAGACUUAAACCCAGACAUAGCCAAGGAUAUAAUAAUCCUUGGGCACAGCUGCAACAAGAUGAAUCCAGUCUUGAUCAGACAUGCAACAGAAAGAGAUCCUGGGCAAGAGAGCAAGGACUCACAAAUACUGAGGAGGUGACAGGAAACCAAACGAUAAUGGAAAGGAUUAAAAACCUAUUUGGGGCAAGUUUAACUGAUGACAAGUUUGAUGCAAACCCAAAGGAUUCUAUCAGGCUAAAACACAACAGUACUCCAAAUUCGGAUAGAUCAUUUCCUUUCUCUGAUGCUAUGGAUUCCAUCCCUAGUUGCAGAAAGUCCACUACUGAAUCCCAGUCUGGAACUGCUUCUCCUUCUUCCGACAUUCAACAGAGUAGACUUCUUUACAGAGUAGACAAAGCUGGAACAUUCCCAAGACAGUUUUCAAAAAAUGAAAAGGCAUUCUUUGGUAAGAUGCAAGGACCAUCAAACAACUUGGAGAAUGAAAAUGAUAAAAAAGAUGCUUCUUCUGGAUUAAAUGUUCCAGUGUCAUCAAAGCCUAAAUGGAGCAUGGAAAGAACAUUUGAAAAAAAAAAAAAAUUUAUUCUACCCGCAGACAAUGAAGAGAUGAGUAGGAUGUGGUGUGCAGGGUCUCCAGAGUUCUGUAGCCGAUCCAUAGAAAGGACCAGGAGUAGGCUUUCUGCAACUGCUCAAUCCAGAGGUUGCAAGAUACAGUCCACAACUUAUGAAGGUAGUACCACAAGUUUCUCAGGUCAAGUUGUCAACAAUUUGGUAACCACUUCAGAAGACCAACACUCAGACAAGGAGACUACAAAAGCAAGUACAAAAACAUUUGACCUUAGUGAAAGAAAGUAUCUUGGAUUGCAGGUAACCAGUUAUUAUGACAAAGAUCAGAUCACCCAACCCAAGUCCCCACUAGCCUCAAAAGGAUUAGCAAAGAGUGAAAUUCAUGAAGGAAGGAAAUUAGAUGGUGUGCUAGAAGAAUCCUGUGUACCUACCCUGGAUUCUGUGAAGAACAGAAUAAAUAAGUUUGAAGCCUUGGCUCAACAAAGCAAAAGUAAACACCAAAUUCUACUUGCCAGGAGAGCCUUAUCUGUGCCAGAACUGCCCAAGCCAGUGGCUCUUGUGAAAAAGAGUGAUUCAGAUAAAAAUCUACAUUAUAGUAGAGUUGUAGGGAACACAGAAUGUCUAAGAACAAAUCUAAUCAUUAAAAGUGAUGCCAGUGUGGAGACAAAAGAUCUAAGUAGAACUCUUCGGUCAGUUUCCACAGUGAAAGUGAGACCAACAUUAGAACAAAGUAGAGAGACAAAAGAGAGCGUUGAGUGUCCUCUGAAAUUGAAACAACUAAAUGAACCAAAGACUGACCAAGAUGUCAGCACUUGGGAUAAAAAUGAAAGGAGGACUGUGCAAAACAGACACAUAGAUGAACCAGAUUUUGCCAUCCCUAAUCGCUUUGGGCUCAGAAAAAUAGAGACAAAAAGGAAUCCCAUUACUCAGUCUACAAUAACUCAAAAGUCAAAUGCAAAAAGUUCACUGAUAAAGCAACAAAACAUUAAUGUAGAAAUGGAUGAUGACAAUGAUUACACACCCACUAACUCUCCUGAUAAAGCCCCUCUCACAAUAAGCAUUCAGAGGCAGAGUUACCCUGCAACACCAGAACAAUCUGAAGAAUGUCAAACCUCCGGAUGUUCAGAUGUAGGUGUUUACACUCCAGUUAAGUCAGCAGUCUUAACAGUCAAUGGUACCCAUGAAACAGUGCUACCCAGUCCUUCUCACAAUUCUAUUUCUACUAUUCCCGUCCAGAAAAUCUCACUCAAUAAUUCAAAUAAUAAUAACAAUGAAACAACAAGGAAGGAUUCAAACAUAUUUAGUGCUAGCAUGGCUAGGUUGAGCUCCGAUGAGGAAGAUGAUGAUGAUGACGAGGAAACAGAGACAGAGAAUGACUCUGACUCAGGAGAAUCAUCUGUAACCAUCACAAGCAACAUGAGCCAAUCAGAUCGCAAAAGUUUCUCUUUAAGUCUUGUAGAUCUAUGUAAUUUUGGUGGGGUGGACUAUAGACCAUCAUAUGGCAUUGUGUCAGAGGAUGAAGAAGAUCGGCUGUCCACACGCUCUGCCUCCCUGAGCUCAGACAUCUCAGCCUUCUCUUCUGUGACCCUACUGAGCACUGAUGAACUGGACCACUUACUGGAUGAUGUCAGGAGUUUGGGAGAUGAUACCCUGCAGAAGUAUGAAGAUGUGCAAGUGGUUGUAUUACACAAGGAGGUGGGGAGUGGUUUAGGAUUUACCUUGGCAGGUGGAGUGGAUCAGAAUAAACCAGUCACAGUGCACAGAGUAAUCCCUGGUGGAGUGGCAGCACAGGAAGGCUCUAUCUUCGAGGGUGAUCGGGUGCUAUCGAUCAAUGGCACUGCCUUGCAAAACUCUGCCCAUUGGGAGGCUCUACGUACAUUGAGAAAAGCAAGGGGGCAGGGCAUGACAGUCGUGGUUCUUAAGAGAGGUGACCUCAGUGAGUCUCAACACAGCAAAAAAGAGGCCAGGCAAAGACCAGGAAACACAGAAAGACAUACAAAUCUAGGAUGGAAUGAGGGCAGGAGAAUACACGUGACUCUAAACAAGUCCAGAUAUGAUCUUGGCUUUAGUCUGGAGGGAGGGGUGGACUCCAGCUCGGGAGACAAACCCCUCACUGUACAAAAAAUCUUUCAAGAUGGACCAGUCAUUGAGGUGUUUCCUGGGGAUGAGCUGUUGGAGGUAAAUGGUCAGAGUCUGGUGGGCAUGAGGCGUCUUGAAGCUUGGAACCUAAUAAAGAAGCUUCCCCCUGGUCCUGUGGAGGUCUUACUAAAUCGGCCUCACCAGCCACAUUGAAGAAUUUACUGCACCUCUCUUUUCAAAGCACUUUGCAAUAAAGUUAUUAUUUAAACACUGGUAUAUUUUAUAUAGAAUAUAAUUUUCCUAUAUUUUUGCUGUUACAGUUUCUAUGAAGGUAUAUUUUUGCAAAUUUUCAGUACAAUUGAUCAAAGUAUUCUUGCAUACAAAUUAGGUAACAGAAGAUCAAUACUUCCAAAAUUCAGGACAUGAAACAGCACUAGAGGCCAGUAGGUCAUAUGUUUAAUAUGUCUAAACUGUAUUAUUUAAAAUAUUGGAUAUGCACUCAUAUUAUGCAAAUAUAGAUAAUACUAUAUUUUAUGAAAUCAGUCUGUAUAAGAAAAAUAUAUAUAUAUUUUUUUUGGCUCCCAAGUGUGUCUAUAUGUUUGUCUGUACUGAACGAAUCCGUCCCCAUUUAAAACUUUUUAAAUAUUAAAGUGAAAGUA